GAGGCUAUUCUGUCAGCAAGUCAGAAACACCACAUCACUGAGAGAGCAAGGAGCAGAGAGAGAAGGGAAAACAAUGGCGGGAGAAGGAGACAUCAAGCUGCUCGGCAUGGUGGUGAGCCCAUUCGUGGUCCGUGUGCGAAUGGCACUGCACAUGAAGGGCGUGAGCUAUGAGUACAUCGAGCAGGACCUCUUCAACAAGAGCGAGCUCCUCCUCAGGUCCAACCCGGUGAACAAGAAGGUGCCGGUGCUCAUCCACGGCGGCAAGCCCAUCUGCGAGUCGCUCGUCAUCAUGCAGUACGCCGACGAGGUGUGGAGCGGCAAGGGCGCCUCCAUCCUCCCCGCCGACCCGCACGAGCGCGCAGUCGCUCGCUUUUGGGCCGCCUAUGUCGACGACAAGAUGUUCCCUGCUUACAUCGACAUCAUGAAAGCGGCGACGGAGGAAGCAAGAGCGGAGAAGGCCAAGGAGGCGCUUGUGGGGUUAGCGAACCUGGAAGAGGCCUUCGCCCAAUGCUCAAAAGGGAAGCCUUUCUUCGCCGGCGACUCCGUCGGGUACCUCGACCUCGCCGUCGGAUGCAACCUGUUCUGGCUCGAGGCGAUACGCAAGAUGUUUGGGGUGACGUUCUUUGACGUGGGCAAGACCCCGCUCCUGGCCGCGUGGGCGGAGCGGUUCGCGGGAACCGAGAUGGCGAGGGAGGUGGUGCCGGACGCCGACAGCGCCGUGGUGUUUGCCAAGAAGCUUCAGGCUCGGUUUGGCUCUAACACGUCUGCCAAGUAGAGUAGCAGUGUACGUUUUCUUUUUCCGGAUAGUAGUGUACGGUUUCAUUAUCGAAUUAUCUCGGAAACUCUUUGUAAUAAAUGAGGCAGAUCAUGGACAAUGGCAUAAUUUUUUCUUCGUA